AAGAUCCUCAUGGUGCGUGCUAUUGGUUCCCACAGCUCUCCAGAGCUCUCCUGAUUGGUUGAUGUACUCCCCACUGUUCAAGGCCCGCCUCUCGCCUCCUCCUGUUUAAGUCCUCAGAUAGACCAUGGCCCUGCGAGCAUGUGGCUUGAUCAUCUUCCGAAGACACCUCCUUCCCAAGGUGGACAACAAUUCCAUUGAGUUUCUUCUUCUGCAGGCCUCAAAUGGCAUCCAUCACUGGACACCUCCCAAAGGCCACGUAGAACCAGGAGAAAAUGACCUGGACACAGCUUUGCGAGAAACACAGGAAGAAGCUGGCAUCGGAGCCGGCCAGCUGAUCAUCAUUGAAGGGUUCAAAAAGGAGCUCAAUUAUGUGGCCUGGAAUAAGCCUAAAACAGUCAUCUACUGGCUGGCAGAGGUAAAGGACUACAACGUAGAGAUCCGCCUCUCCCAUGAGCACCAGGCCUACCGCUGGCUGGGACUGGACGAGGCCUGCCAGUUGGCUCAGUUUGAGGAGAUGAAGGCAGUGCUCCAAGAAGGACACCAGUUUCUCUGCUCUACAAAGGCCUGAAAUGAUCCCACCUACAUCCCAGGGAAGGUUGUACUCACCUUUGGCUCAUCAAAACAAAGAACAGAUGUGAAAUCAGAAGUUAGCUCAGGUGAGAGCAAGCAAAAAUCUCAUCUGGGUAGAAAGACAAAGGAGAAAUGAAAAAAGACCAAACCCUGUAAUUGCAUCCUUGUACUUUAUAAAUAAACCUCAAGUAGCUUA